AAAAAAAAAAAAAAAAAUACAGUUUCCCAUCACUGCACAGCUCGCGCAUUCUGUGCUCGCGGCGUAAUGGAUUCUUAUUUGGCUGAGUCUCAACACUUUAGUUGGAAACAUUAAGUUUAGUUUUUUACUCAGUUGUUUUAUUGUUGUUGUUGCUGCUAUUUAGUUUUACUGCUCCUGCAGGUCAUUGCCUGUGCUGGACUUAUGCGUUUAUCCGUGGACGCGCGGCGGUGGGACAUCAGGAAUGGGGAAUCCGUAGGAGAAGGCGACGCUCGUCGGUUUGCUAGAUAGAGCGCAAACGCAACCGCGCGGGUGCCCGCAUACUCUGAGCACGAGAUGGACUUCAAGAAGACAAAAUUUGGAAGGUACAUGAACUGCAGGGUGCCAGCGUGCAAGAGAUACCAGCCCACUGAAUAUGAACACGCUGCUAACUGUGCCACACAUGGGUUGUGGAUCCUUCCCAGCUUGAUGGGCGGGUCUGUGCUCUACUUCCUGUCUGUGGACAAAUUGCAUCAGGUUGCUGCCUGGCUUUAUGGGAGUGGUCUCACCGGCCUGUUUGUCACCUCAACAUUAUUCCACACGGCUUCUUGGAAAAUCAGCCACCUCCGGAAGGUGGAGCAGCGUUUCCACAUGUGUGACAGAAUGGCUAUCUACUUCUUCAUCGCCGCCUCCUACUCUCCCUGGCUGAUGCUGAGGGAGCUGGGGCCGUGGGCGUGCCAUAUGCGCUGGCUGAUCUGGGUCAUGGCUUGUUUAGGAUCCAUGUAUGUCUUUUUCUUCCACGAGAGGUACAAGCUGGUGGAGUUGCUGGGAUAUGUGGGGAUGGGGGCUGUUCCUGCUUUGGUCAUUAUGUCAAUGGUGGAGCGUUCAGGUGUGUGUGAACUGGCCGUUGGAGGCGUCUUCUAUGCGGUGGGCGUCGUCUUCUUUAAGAGCGAUGGCCUCGUCCCAUUCGCCCACGCUAUCUGGCAUCUUUUUGUUGCAGCUGGAGCAGGGAUUCAUUAUUAUGCCAUUUUGAGGUACCUCUACCUACCUGGGCCACUACUGCACACGUCAAGGUGACCGGCUGCUAACAGAUGACAUUAUGCAUCUAUUAUUAUUAUUAUGCAAAAAGGGUACUUUAGGCAUGACAUCACUGUUUUAACCACAGCUACUUGGGUUGGUGCUGAGAGACUUCUAAAGAUCAGAUGAAAUUGUUACUCAGUUUCUUUGUUCUACAUGAUGCUGAUUACAUAACAUUUAAACCUCUCUGGAACAAACUUGCACAAAAAUGUUACUUUAAUUUUACCGUUAGAGACAUUUUUUUAAAGACAGAUACAUCAUGGAUGGAAGAGAAAAGUAGCAUCUGUGUUCAUCUCAGUUUUGAUGCACAGAUC